AUGAAUCGCAUUGAUAAGCGAAGCGUUAGGUCCAAAUUGGAGCAUUAUAGGGAUUUUUUAAAGGAUAAAGGCUUGCCGCAUGAGCAUUUGCUUUCAGACAACAAGGUGCCUUGGUAUUUGAGAAAGCAUCAUGAGCAGGCGUAUUUGAGACUCGGGUUGCCAAACAACAAACCGUCGCAGCCUCGGGUGAUUUCAAGCGCCAUCAAUUUUGACAAUCUGGUCAUCACGCGUGCCUUUUACAUCUUUAUGACAAUGAUGGCGGUGGUGAUCAUUUUAGCCGCGUUGCUGUUUGGGCUCAGGGAGUAUCUCCUCAACCUUCGCAGGAGACAGUGCUCGGGCAACAGUUGCAACCAAAAGUUUAGCGAAUGGAACCUUUCUCAAUUGAAAAUCACCAAAAAGGACGACGACAUGCAAAGCUUGAGCAAUGUGAUUCAAGAUGGCGAGAAAAUCGCCGAGGAUAGCGGCAACGCAGAUACAGGCUUGACCAAGUUCAACGAUGGGUUUAUGGGCAGCGACAAGAGCCAGCUGCAGUUUGGAUUGAGAAGGUUUGAUCUUGAAAGUCGCAUUGUGAGCGCCAUCAGCACCAUCUCCGACAAAAACUCCAGCGCCAAUACCGGUGGGUUCAGCGACAAGUCCAUCACGAAAUACCGCAAAAAAUACAUGCCCUUGUUGCCCAACUUGAAUGAGCGCGACUUGACUGCCCCGGAAACGAAAAAGUACUCGUUGGAGGAGAUGCUCAAGCUCAACGUGAUCAAGACUUCAAACAUUUCCUAUGGACAAGCAAUUGGGAAACAAAAGCUUAGAAUGUCAAAGUUGAUUAGCUCCUCCGUUGCGUUACCUGCCACGAGGUUUAGAAACGCAUGGAAUGCAUCGAGAAUGAUCCUGGAAAUCAAGGUGAUUCUAAGUGAAUCUCAAUGUACAAUGGAAAAAACAUUGGCUGCGUUGCAACUUUGCUCCAUCGGUAGAGGCGACACCCUUCUUGACAACCCCAACAUCUUUUUACAUGCAUUCAACGAGUGCAUUGAAGAACUAGUAGACUCGAGUCUGAUUUUCGACACAUUGGCCAAUUGCCCCGUGACACUCAAGGUUUUGAUAUUCGAGUGUUUAUUCACCUAUUGCUGGUCCCAUAACAAGAUCUUGGACUAUGAAAGUCGAUACGCUGCGAUGAAGGAGCAGUUUAGAGCAUGGAACAUCCACCUGCCAUCGGUGCAGUCGAAAACUACCAUUUUCAAGAUUUUGUGUAACUUGCAGUUGGGGAUGUACACGGUGGGCACCGAGAAUGACGAUUGCGAAUUCAAGUUGGGGCUCCUCACCAGAACCUUCAUAUUCCAGAGCAUGUGCAAUGACUAUAUCAACUACAUCCCGUUGAUUACAAGAGCCGUCGAACUUGCAAACAGGGAUGAGAUUGUGUAUUUUUUUUUCCAAAUCACCAAACUUUUGGUUGCAAAACACCGCAAAUGCUGCAUGAACGAGAUUAUCCAGGACCCCAGUUUGGAAUUGAAGGCUUUGAUUGAAAGCGGAAUCCAGUCUUUCCAUCUGGAGAGAGUCAGAAGGAAAGCCUACGAGAUCUACGAAACUUUGCUUGAGGACCACUCUGUAGUACAAGCAUGGAACAUUGAGUUGAACAGCGAGGAAAAGAGCAUGAUGUCCCCGUUGCCCUUGUCCAGUGAGUAUGUGGAGAAAUACUUUACCCCUACCAUUCCAGAAGCCGAGAACUCGACGGAGAAAGAGCUACCCCAGCUCGAUAAUGACAGCUCCGACUCCUGGAAAACGGGUCUUUGGACUAACAAUAAAAGUAUUCCCACGAUUACAAAGUGA